AUGUCCUUCCCGCACUUUGGACACCCGUAUGGCAGCGCUUCCCAGUUUCUGGUGUCUGCAAGUUCCAGCGCCACUUGCUGCGAAUCCGCCCCGCGCUCCGUCCCAGAUGUGGCCUCAGGCUCCACCCCGGCAGCCGCUCUCUGCUGCGCAUCCUACGACAGUCGGCUGCUGGGCAGUGCGCGGCCGGAGCUGAGCGCGGCCUUGGGCAUCUAUGGAUCCCCAUACGCCGCCGCCGCAGCUGCCCCGAGCUACCCAGGCUACCUGCCCUACAGCCCAGAGCCGCCCACGCUGUACGGGGCGCUGAAUCCACAGUAUGAAUUUAAAGAGGCUGCAGGGAAUUUUACACCUGGCCUGGCGCACCCAGGAGCCUAUUAUCCCUAUGAGCCGACUCUGGGGCAGUACCAGUAUGAACGGUAUGGAGCAGUGGAGUUGAGCGGCACGGGCCGACGGAAGAACGCCACCCGGGAGACCACGAGCACGCUCAAGGCCUGGCUCAACGAGCACCGCAAGAACCCCUACCCCACCAAGGGCGAGAAGAUCAUGCUGGCCAUCAUCACCAAGAUGACCCUCACCCAGGUGUCCACCUGGUUCGCCAACGCGCGCCGGCGCCUCAAGAAGGAGAACAAGAUGACGUGGGCGCCCAAGAACAAAGGCAGCGAGGAGAGGAAGACUGAGAGUGGAACAGAGGAGUCCCUGGGCUGCCUGAACUGUGACACCAAAGAUGGAACUGCCAGCCAGGAGGCUCGAGGGCUCCGGCUGAGUGACCUGGAAGACCUGGAGGAAGAGGAGGAGGAGGAGGAGGCCGAAGAACAGGAGGCAGUGGCCGCAGCUGCGGACAGGCUGGCUGAGUUCCAUAAAGACUCGCAGUCGCUGCCCGCGUACUGCGCCGCCGCUCGGGAGGCCCGGCUGCAGCCCCGGGAGUGCGGCCUGGCGGCGCGCCCCUUCUCGUUCCCGGAGCCCCUGGGGUCGGGAGAAGCUGACUUCCUGCGGGCCGAGCCCGGGGGCCCCACGUUGACCAUGCACUUCCCCCGCAGCGAGAAACCGCGCAUCUGGUCUCUGGCGCACACUGCGGCCGCCGCCGGCGCGGUCGAAGGUGCGGCUCCGACCCCUCCCAGGCCGCGAAGUCCCGAGUGCCGUCUGAUUCCGGGACAGCCUGCAGGCGCGGGCGACCGGCCCGCCGGCCCCAGAGACUCCGCGUACGCAGAGUCUUCCCGAGGAGCCAAAGCCUUUGGAAACCGCCUCUUUGCCCCGCAGGGGCUGCCGAUGGACUGUGCGCCGUGCCCGCGGCGGAGGGAGCCCGCAGUGCCCUACCAGUACCCGUCUGGAGCAGAAGGUUAG